GGCCUUUGCAGUUUAUUUAGGCUUUAUAAAUUGAGACCCAACUACAAGUUUUCCCUCAGAUUCAGCUUAAACAAUUCAAAAACUCUCUCUUCACAUUAUUUCUCAUACAACAAAACCUUUACUUUUUGCUUUUCUAAAAUAUGGAAAUGGAAAGCCAAAAAAUGAGAGAUUUGAAGGGGGAGAAUCAUCCCAUCCCAUCUGAUCAAGAUGUCUCUGUUGAUUGGAGAGGAAGACCUUCCAACCCCACCUUCCACGGCGGAAUGCGAGCAGCCGUCUUUGUUCUCGGGAUGCAAACGUUCGAAAUAAUGGCGAUCGCGGCGGUGGGGAACAAUCUGAUAACAUAUUUGAUAAAUGAGAUGCACUUUUCACUGUCAAAAUCUGCAAACAUAGUGACAAACUUUGUUGGGACAGUGUUUCUUUUGGCACUUCUUGGUGGUUUCCUUUCUGAUUCUUAUCUUGGGAGCUUUUGGACCCUUCUUAUCUUUGGCUUUGUUGAACUUUCUGGAUUCAUAUUGCUAUCAGUUCAAGCUCACGUGCCACAAUUAAAGCCACCACAAUGCAAUAUGUUGUUGAUAAGGAACAAUAAUGAACAUGAAUGUGUGGAAGCAAAAGGAGUAAAGGCGUUGAUAUUCUUUGUAGCAUUAUAUUUAGUGGCAAUUGGGAGUGGCUGUGUGAAGCCAAACUUGAUUGCUCAUGGAGCUGAUCAGUUCAGUACUUCUUCACAAAAUCCAAGUCAAUCAAAAUCGCUUUCAAAAUAUUUCAACACAGCUUAUUUGGCAUUCUCGAUUGGAGAACUCAUUGCUCUCACUCUUAUUGUUUGGAUUCAAACUCACUCUGGAAUGGACGUUGGAUUUGGAGUUUCUGCUGCUGUUAUGGCUUUUGGUUUGAUCAUUUUGGUCGCUGGAAUCUUUUACUACAAGAAUAAACCUCCUCAAGGACCCAUUUUCAUCCCUAUUCUUCAAGUCUUUGUUGCUGCUCUUUUGAAAAGAAAGCAAGUUUGUCCUUCCAACUCUCAUACCAUUCAUCAUAAAGUUGCCUUAUCCUCUCAAUCUCAUUCUCCCAACCUCAUUCCCACUCAAAAGUUCAGGUUCUUGGACAAGGCUUGUAUCAAAAGCCAAGAUGGGGAAACAAAGGAAAGCCCAUGGAGAUUGUGUACUCCAAAUCAAGUUGAGCAAGUGAAGAUAUUAGUUUCACUUGUCCCAAUAUUUGCUUGCACAAUAAUAUUCAAUACAAUAUUGGCUCAACUCCAAACAUUUUCAGUUCAACAAGGAAGCCUUAUGAAUACCCAACUUACUAAAUCCUUCCACAUUCCUCCCGCCUCACUCCAAUCCAUUCCUUACAUUAUGCUCAUUUUCAUUGUCCCUUUGUAUGAUACUUUCUUUGUCCCGUUUGCUAGAAAGUUUACUGGUCACACCUCCGGGAUCUCUCCGUUAAAACGUAUCGGUUUCGGUCUCUUUCUCUCCACUUUUUCGAUGGUUGCAGCAGCCUUAAUGGAGAAAAGGAGAAGAGAUUUAGCCGUGAAUUCAAAUGAGACGAUAUCGAUCUUUUGGAUCACCCCACAAUUCCUUAUUUUUGGGUUAUCUGAGAUGUUUACAGCAGUCGGACUCAUUGAGUUCUUUUAUAAACAAUCUGUAAAAGGAAUGCAAGCGUUUUUAACAGCCAUGACAUAUUGUUCAUACUCAUUUGGAUUCUAUCUGAGCUCAUUGCUGGUGUCAUUGGUAAACAAGAUCACAUCAAGCUCCUCUAAUGGAGGUUGGCUCCAUGAAAAUAACCUAAACAAAGAUAGGCUUGAUCUCUUUUACUGGUUGCUGGCUGCACUUAGCUUACUCAAUUUCUUUAACUAUCUCUUCUGGUCAACAUGGUUUGACGAACAUCCGUCUCUCUCAGAAAAGCUACAACAUGAUGACAAUCCCCGAGGCGUAGAAGACCAUCACAUAUAUAAUUUCAAUUCGUCCAAGAACAAUGUUGAUGAUUAUGUACUUUGAAUUAAGUUAUUAUUUUUUAGUCUACACUUCUCUUUUCUAAGAAUUAAUUGGACAAUAUGAUCUAGGUCACUUGGAGGAGUUGAUAGAAGAAAGAUAAAUAGUCUAUUUGAUGUGCGUGUUUAGGGUUUAGGGUUUGUUUAAUAUCUGUGUACUUAGUUGUGUAGAGAAGAAACUAAAUAAUAUUAAAAGUAUAAAUCCA